AUGGAGCCACACAAUUUGGACGCGGCCUCGACUUAUAUCAAUAAUGUCCUCCUCGCCAGGGGUCUGUUAAAGGGUGGCACCCCGAUCGAUUUUGCUCAGCCGGAGAACGAUGAGGGGGGUGCCGAUGGGACGAUGGCCAGGGUUAUUAACCUGGUCAAUGACUUGGUCUUGAGGAGAGAUCGCGAAGCCGACCAUAGGGAAAGCCUCGCUACGACGAUACGGACACUCCGCGCGAACGAAUCGCAGCAAUCAGUGGAAAUUACGUCCGAAAUGAGCCGGUCGCUAGCGCUCGCGGAGGCGCAGGAGCGCGCACUCAAAACGAAUAUCGCCAGCGCAGAAUCAACCAUCAGAAGCAUGAAGGAGCAAGUACAACGCAUGAAAACCAGCGUUCAGCAAGUUCGAGCACAAUGCGCAAACGACAUUCGCAAACGAGACCUGGAGUUACAGAAACUGAAGUCGCAUUUGGCUGAGCGACAGAGAGGGAAACGAGAGGGACUGGGUGUUACGACUAUCAACAUUAAUCCGACAGUCGACCGCGCAUCAAGAUCUAAGACUUUGUCCGGCGGCGAAGGAAUCAACAACCCUGGGUACAGCUUGAAGCAAGAGACGAACGACUUCCUCACACAACUAUGUCAAACUCUCAGUGACGAAAAUGACAUGUUGAUCGCGCUGGCACGCAACACUGUCCAGACAUUGAAAGUUCUACAAGGCCUACCACAUGAGGAGGAUGAAGAAAAUCCAAGUGGAGCGGCCAGCAUCGGGACGCAGAAAUCGUCGCCUGACCCUGUUACUACCCUUCCGACAUCAUGCGAUGAACUUUCAGCCCAUAUGGGUAUGAUGCUAGAUCACCUACAGACACUACUCACCAACCCUUCAUUUGUGCGCCUCGAAGAAGUUGAAGUGCGCGACGAGGAAAUCAAUCGCCUCCGGGAAGGCUGGGAGAAGAUGGAAAGCCGAUGGAGACAAGCGGUAACGAUGAUGGAUGGGUGGCAUACGCGGAUUGCCGACGGAGGCGACUCGGUUCAGGCCGAAGAAUUGAAGAUGGGUCUGGGCCUCGGUAUUGAUUCUGCACGUGCAUCUGCAGCAAAUGAUGCGGAUAUAAAAAUGGAGUCUCCCAUUCUGGAAGACCAGCAGGCAGAAGAGGAGGAGGAAGAAGCCGAGCGGAAGUCCAAAGAGAGUUCCCAACAGCGUGCACCGUCGAAGGAGACCAAGCCUGCUGGGACGCGCGAAACCAGGACUCGAAGGGCAGCGAGCCGUGCUCUCAAGGAGCGGAGCGACAAUAUACAAUCCGGCCGGUCCCGGAAGGUUUCUUUCACGCCAGGGCUAAAUGGUUCUCCCUGUGUAAAUGAAGACGAGACUUUGCAGGUCAAAGCACAUAAACCAGAGGCCGUGACUCGACGGAUGUUGAAGAAACGAGUGGAAGCAAACCCUCCGCGAAAGGACCCUCCCAGUCGCGGGCGAGUAGCUUUGUCACAGAAGCUUGCCAUGGCAGAAGACGAUGCCCGAGCAGCAGAGCAAGAUCGCAAAGAAAGCCAAAGCCGGAAGCGAAGUCGAGGCACCGGAAAAGAGUCCCGAGACCGACGACGCAAUCCCCUAACCUACACAGCCUUCACCCCCAAACCCUUCACCUCUACCGACAUCGAAAUCAAAGUCUCCAACUGCGGCAUCUGCGGCACAGACAUCCACACCCUCAGCUCCGGCUGGGGUCCCACCGACUACCCCUGCGUCGUGGGCCACGAAAUCAUCGGCACAGUCACGCGUGUCGGCGCAGAAGUUCCAACCCUGCCAUCCUCGCCCGCAUCCCGCGAUAUCAAAGUCGGAGAUCGGGUCGGGGUAGGCGCGCAGAGUGGCUCUUGCUUGAAGCCGGAGUGUGAGGCGUGCGCUGAUGGACGGGAGAGUUAUUGUCCGCGGAUCAUGGGGACGUAUAACGGGCGGUAUCCCGAUGAGGGGAGGAGUAAGUCGCAUGGGGGGUUUGCGGAGUAUUGGCGCGGGCCGGCACAUUUUGUGUUUAGGAUUCCGGAUGCGUUGCCGUCUGCUGAGGCGGCGCCGUUGCUGUGUGCGGGUGUUACGAUGUUCUCGCCGUUGCGGAAGUAUGGUGCUGGACCGGGGAAGGCUGUGGGGGUUAUUGGGAUCGGGGGACUUGGUCAUUUGGGUGUUUUGUUCGCUAAAGCGCUGGGUUGUGAUCGGGUUGUUGGCAUCUCGCGCACGUCGGGCAAGCGGAAGGAUACGCUCGAGGGACUAGGCGCAGAUGCCUUCAUUUCAACGGACGAGGAACCGAAAUGGGCGCGCGCGCAUUCCCGCUCACUGGACCUGAUUAUCUGCACCGUUUCCUCGCCAGACAUGCCGUUAUCUGGAUAUCUGCGACUGCUCAAGACAGACGGCGUGUUUGUGCAGGUGGGAGCGCCGGAGCAGCCAUUGCCGCCUGUGAUGGCAUUCUCGUUGAUCCAGAAGGGCGUUAAGAUCACGGGGUCGAAUAUCGGGUCGACGGAAGAUAUCAGGGAGAUGCUGAAGUUAGCUGCUGAGAAGCGUGUGUUUCCAUGGAUUCAGAAACGGGCUAUGAAGGAUGUGAACGUCGCAUUGAAGGAUAUGCAUGCUGGGAAGGCCCGGUAUCGCUAUGUUUUGCUCAAUGAGACGGAGACGGGGACGCACGCCAAACUUUAG